UUAAAGCUGCGCUGCGCGCGUUCGCUCUUGUUCCUCUGCUUGACACUCCACAUCGACACGCAAUAUUACAUCCCGGCUUUUGCUGCGCCAUCAAUCCACCCUUACUUUCCCUUCUUCUCGUCUUUUCCAAGCUGUUCCCAUUGCAACCUGCUUCCCACUUUUAGUACCUCGCCGUCGCGCCCGUCCCCGAGACCGCCCUGCUUGGCCUUCUGGCUUCUCUUGCUGUGCGCAUUCAUGGCCCUGUAGUCGCUUACGGCUCCAGACCGUAUUAGCGACUGGCCCGCGGCCAUGUACAGUCACCAGCCAGUGUUGCAGCGGGCGAGGCGGUCGUCAGACGACGAGGCCGUGUCAAACACCAAGGGGGACACGUCCUACGCUCGGUCUCCGACACAGGCCUCAUUUCACCACUCACCACGAGCUCGUUCGCAUUCUAAACCAUCAACGCCCCUGCACCCGCCUUCAACCUUCAACGGUAUCCUCAACUCGCCAUCUUCGCCGCACGCUACCCUUCCGCCCCUCGCGACUACCGUCCAGCCGCGAGAUCCUCCUGCCUCGAAUUAUUAUGAUCCAACCCAAGACGCGGGCGACAGAGUUAUAGGUCGUGGUGGAGCCCCCUACGAGCCCUUCGGACACGAUCGCGGAGAAUCUUACGGCAACCACGGCGAGGCCAGAACAGCUGUGCCGGGUGUCUAUGAAAAGCCGUACCCGCCUCAGCAAUCUCCAGUCAUCUCGCACUUCCCCUCGUCUCGCCGUUCGCCAUCGCAUCCAUCGGCGCAUUCUUUCACGCCUGCCCGUCAAGACGCCAUGGCCGCCCAGUCUCCUAUAUCGCCACGGCCAUAUGUGCAAACCAACUUUGCACAAUCCCAACCGCCGUAUAUACAGCAUGACCGACGAUCUCCUGUAGAGAAGACACCAAGCCGACCAGCAGAUCCAAUGUCCAUCUCGAGUUUGAUGAGCAAUGAGGACACGCCCGUACACCGCAACGUUUCUCAUUCUCGAAGGUCGUCACGCGCUUCAAAUGGACACACUGUGCUCAAGCAGGAGCGACCCCCAUCACCACCCAGCAAGUCUGUCCCUCCAACCCACCACGUCCAAGUGGUCCCACCAGCACCCGCCUCAGUCAAUGGCGACGUCCAUGAGCCCGUGCAGCCGCUCUCGUACUCGCGCUCGAGAGCCGAUGGAAGGGAGGUUGAUCUUGAGCUUGCACGUAUAGACGCCGAAGGAGAUAGCGACCUCGAAGCUGAUGCCCGUAUACGCUGGAGGCAAGACUACGUCGAGCGUGGCAUCAAGCGUACGUUGGCUCUAGCCAAGGGAGAAGAGGAAAAGCGCAAGCGUCGACGCACGUACAACGAGAGACGCGCCCAGCUUGUUCUCGAAAAUAUCGCCGCAAAAGCGGCCGAUGAAUUCAGAAGGGCACACGAGAGCGCAGCAUGGGCCGAGGUGCAGGCCAAGGAGAUCGCGGAUGAGAAGGAACGCAAAAAGGACAUGCAACGCAAACGAAGACGCGAAAAGACGCGCCAGAACGAGCUUGAGAAACGCCAGGACAUUCUCCAACGACUUGAGGACCCAAAUCUAGACGAGGAGGAACGACUCAAGCUCGAACGCGAGGCCAUCAAACAUGAAAAGAAACUUCGCCACACCAAUCACCUUCUGGGCAACGCACCUAGCGAUGACAUUCGCGAAGUCACACCCCUCGGUCACAAUUUGGAAGGCGGCACGAUGAGCACUUUCCAGAUGGAUGAGGCAUCUAGCUCACGUCGUGGACGUGGUGGUCGUGCAGGUACUCGUCCACGCAAGAGCAAGGAGCAGAAGCAGGCCGAAAAAGAGCAGGCCGCUGCUGCUCAGGCCGCAAUCGACCGUGGCGAAGACCUGCCUACAAUCGCACCCAAGGAAAGCGCGCGCCUCGAUAAACUCACUCACGCCGACCGCGAACAGAGCUUGACGGAAGAGUCUGCAGCUCCCGAGUUUGUGCCGUACACCUCAAAGGCGUACAACCAGCUGUACGAGUCGAUAUGGAAGGAGAUUGCACAGAACGUCAAAAAGGUAUAUCGCAUCAAGAAGGAGUCUCUAGAAGUGCGACAGUCCAACCUCCGCAAGACCGCCCAACUGGCCAGCAAGGAGGCAAGGCGCUGGCAGCUCCGCACGAACAAGAGCACGAAGGAUGUCCAGGCCCGUGCAAAGCGUGGCAUGCGAGAGAUGGCGACGUUCUGGAGAAGAAAUGAGAAGGAUGAGUCUGCUCGCCAAAAAGAUGCCAUCAGACAAGAGCUGGAGAACGCCAAACGAGCCGAGGCUGAGCGCGAAGCCAACCGGCAGCGGCGCAAGCUCAACUUCCUCAUCUCACAGACGGAAUUGUACUCGCAUUUCGUGGGCCGAAAAGUCAAAACGGCCGAAGCAGAGAAGUCUGGCGACGUUGAGGCAGACCAAUCAACUGUCACUGCGGGCAAACCGGACUUGCCAGAAGGGCUCACCAGCGGACCGGCAGGGCCCAAGGUCACAAACUUUGACGAGCUCGACUUCGAUGCGGAGGACGAUUCGCAGCUGCGCGCUGCCGCUGCGGCGAACGCUCGUCAUGCUGUCGAAGAAGCGCGCCGAACAGCACAGGCCUUCAAUGGCGACGGCGAGCAGCAGCAGAACUUGCAGGCCCAGUUUGACGAAGGCGAGAUGAACUUCCAGAACCCAACCAGUCUGCAGAGCAUGGAUGUUGCGCAGCCCAAGAUGCUCUCAUGCCAGCUAAAGGAAUACCAGCUUAAGGGUCUCAACUGGCUCGUCAACCUGUACGAACAAGGAAUCAACGGUAUCCUUGCCGACGAGAUGGGUCUCGGCAAGACUGUGCAGUCCAUAUCUGUUAUGGCGUAUCUAGCGGAGACUCAUAACGUUUGGGGUCCCUUCUUGGUCAUCGCCCCCGCGUCCACGUUGCACAACUGGCAACAAGAGAUCACGAAGUUUGUUCCAAGCAUGAAGGCUCUUCCGUACUGGGGAACAGCCAAAGACAGGAAGAUUUUGCGUAAAUUCUGGGAUCGCAGAAGUGUUGUUUACCGUGAGGAUGCGGACUUUCACGUCCUGAUCACCUCGUAUCAACUCGUCGUGCAGGAUGCGCAGUACUUCCAGAAGAUGAAGUGGCAAUACAUGAUUUUGGAUGAGGCUCAGGCCAUUAAGUCCUCUCAGAGUUCCCGCUGGAAGAGCUUACUGUCUUUCCACUGCCGCAACCGUCUGCUGCUAACGGGUACACCUAUUCAAAAUAAUAUGCAGGAACUGUGGGCGUUACUGCAUUUCAUCAUGCCGACAUUGUUCGAUUCGCACGACGAGUUCAGCGACUGGUUCUCCAAGGACAUAGAAAGCCACGCCCAGAGCAACACCAAGCUCAACGAGGACCAGCUCAAGCGUCUUCACAUGAUCCUCAAGCCCUUCAUGCUACGUCGAGUCAAAAAACACGUGCAGAAGGAGCUUGGUGACAAGGUCGAACUAGAUGUUUUCUGCGAUCUCACAUACCGACAACGAGCGUACUAUACCAGUCUGCGGAACAAGAUCAGCAUUAUGGAUCUCAUUGAAAAGGCUGCCAUGGGCGAUGAUCAAGAUAGCGCGACGCUGAUGAACUUGGUCAUGCAGUUUAGAAAGGUUUGCAACCACCCGGAUCUCUUUGAACGUGCAGAGGUGUCGUCGCCGUACUCGUUUGGUUACUUUGCAGAGACAGAAUCAUUUGUCCGUGAAGGCAGCAAUGUUCAGGUCGCUUAUUCAGUUCGCAACUUGAUUGAAUAUAAUCUCCCCCGAUUGAUGUAUAAGGACGGCGGUCGACUGGAUAUACCUAGCUACAGCAACACAGCAGCCGGGUGGCGUGGACGCUACCUUGAUCACCUCAUGAACAUUUGGUCGUCGAAUCAUAUUCACGAGAGCGCGAAAAACGACGACCACUUCUCAUGGUUGCGGUUUGCCGACAUGUCUGCCACUGAAGCGGAGUUCGCCGCACGGAAUGGAGUUUUUGAGCGUGCCGUGGACAUGCGGAGGAAGAGACGAGACGUCUCCACGUUCGAGAUACUCUACGAUGGUACGGAUGGUGAUGACUACACUCCAGUCCAUGCCCUUUUCCAGAUUGCGGACAAGAAAGCCCGCAAGCCUUUGGCAGAGGUGACGAACGAGGGCUACAUGAGCAAUCUGCUCAACAUCUCUCAGAAUGUAUACGAGAAUUCUGUGUUCCCCGUCAUGGAGACAGGAUACAGACCUGCUGUCACCGCUCCUCCUAUUGAAAUAUACUGUUCUAAUCAGGCCCACAUUACGGAGAGGCAGAGCACCCUGUUCAACAACCUUGUUCAGUCGGCGCUGUUCGGUAUUUCGGAGAAGACGGAAGAGGCUUUGAUCGAGGCAAAGGUUGACCCAGCUGACUACCCCGUGUUUGGCAUGCUGCCCGCCCCAACGAAGCGAAAGGCACGCUUCACCCACAUCGAGGUGCCCAGCAUGCGUAAAUUCGUCACGGAUUGCGGAAAACUUGCCAAGCUGGAUCAGCUACUUCGCGAACUCAAGGAGAACGGCCAUCGUGUGCUGUUGUACUUCCAGAUGACGCGCAUGAUCGAUUUGAUGGAGGAGUACUUGACGUACCGGAACUACAAGUACUGCCGUCUUGACGGCUCUACCAAGCUGGAAGAUCGUCGCGACACAGUUGCAGAUUUCCAGACGCGUCCCGAGAUCUUUGUCUUCCUGCUCUCGACCCGCGCCGGUGGUCUGGGUAUCAACUUGACAUCCGCAGACACGGUCAUUUUCUACGACAGCGACUGGAACCCUACUAUAGACUCCCAAGCUAUGGAUCGUGCCCACCGUCUCGGCCAGACCAAGCAAGUCACCGUUUACCGUUUGAUCACGCGUGGCACAAUCGAGGAACGCAUCCGUAAGCGCGCCCUGCAGAAGGAAGAGGUGCAGCGCGUUGUCAUAAGCGGCGGUGCCGGUGUCGACUUCAACACCAGGAGCAGAGAGAACAGGACCAAAGACAUCGCCAUGUGGCUCGCGGAUGAUGAGCAGGCGGCGGAGAUCGAGAAGAAGGAGCAGGAGAUUGCAAACGAUCCGAGCAAGGCGCAGCAGGCGAAGAAGAGAAAGGCAGGAGCAGGGGGUAGAAAGAAGGAGCUCAGCAUGGACGACAUGUAUCACGAAGGCGAGGGCAACUUUGACGACAACUCAGCCAAGCCGUCGGGCGCUGCGACGCCCGUGUCGGCGGUGGACGGACCACCAGCCAAACGAAAGAAAGGCAUCAGCAAGAAGGCAAAGACGCUAAAGCAGAGGCUUGCGGUUGCUGACGGCAGUGCCGACCCAGACACAUUCCAGUAGACGGAUGACAGGGUGCAGAAAGAAGGCGACUUGGAGGACGGAGAUGUACGUAGACAAAGCUUUCCUGCUUGUAUUGAUAUGGCGGGUUCCAAAAAAGGAAAGUCACGGGAUUUGGCGCAUGACAAGAGGAGUCAGGCCCGCUCGUCCAACUUCUCGUUGGCAAGGCUCGGCUUGGGGAUUUGCGCUGUGGGACAAGAGCCAUUUUACGGUGUUUUGCGGAUGCCAGCCGGCAGGUAGAAUCCUGGCAGUGUGUAUCAAAUAGUGCUGUGCCUUUCUUCCA